AAAAGCUCUGUUUUGUAGGAGUAAGAUGAAAAAGUCUUCAACAUUUUUGUUUCCGUCAACUCUAUAAAGUCUAAACACUUAUUCGUGUACUCAAACCACGAAACGUUUUUCAAUCUAAUGGAAGUCAACGACGGCCAAGGAAAGGUGGAGAUGGGUUCAGGACUCUGUCCUGACUGGUCUGAGAUGACUCGGGAAUGUCUUCUCGACAUCUUCUCACGGCUGAGCCAGGAAGAAAGAUGGAUCGGACCGAUGCUGGUCAGCAAGAGCUGGAUGAACGCAUGCUUUGAUCCAUCACUCAACACCAUCUUCGAUCUCGAAACUCGGUUUUUAUCGUUCCCGGAGUCGAUCAACUGGUGGACUCCAGAGUUUGAGGAUAAAAUCGAUUUCUUUUUCCAAUCUGUUGUUGAUCGGAGCCAAGGUGGUCUCAAAGAGAUUAAGAUCAGACACUGUACAGAUCGCUCUCUAUCUUACGCCGCUCAGAGGUGUCCUAAACUUGAGGUACUUUGGAUUAAGAGCUGUCCAAAUGUUACAGAUGCAUCGAUGAUGAACAUAGCCUCCAACUGUCGAAACCUUAAAGAAGUUGAUAUAAGCUACUCUUAUGGUUUAUCUCACGAUUCUUUGACAAUGUUGGGGAGGAACUGCAAGAAUCUCAAAACUCUUAAACGGAAUCAAUAUCCCCGGCUUAAUACCCACAUGCCUACAAUUAUCGCGCCACUAGACUAUCUGGCUCGAUACUCCAAAUACGGGAAUGCGGAGGCGGAGAUUAUUGCGAGACACAUGCCUCAGUUCAAGCACUUGGAGUUUCGAUACUCCACAUUGACUGCUCAAGGUCUUGCCUCGGUUUGUGAAGGUUGUAAGGAUCUAGAGUACAUGAACUUAUACGGGUGUAUAUACUUGAGAAGCGAGGAGAUAACUACGUGUACCUCGAGCUUGAACAAUUUGAAGGAGAUCAAUAAGCCUAAUUUCAUGUUCCCUAUGGCUAUUUUACGCAUGUCAAGACCGGGGAAUCCCAGAGACGAAUGAACUGGUGAUUGGUUUAUCAAGACACGUACUUACAUUUUGAUCAACUUGUUGAUCGGUUUAAAUACUCUACUUCCUCUAUGGCAUAUCCACUUUGUUCUUUAUCUAUCUUUGUAUACUUAAAACAGUGUGAAAACCCUUCUUUCUUUGUACCUUUGUAGUGUACAUUAUGCUCGUCUUUGCUUAA